UGGCCUUGUUUCCCCGCAGUCUGGGGUUAGACAAAUCAGGGAGUAAUGAAAUGUUUUCUUCUCUUCAGAACAAACAGUCCCAAUUAGGAGCCAUCUCAUGGAAUUAGGUCUAACAGCAGCAAAAUUUGCUAGAAAACGGGGGAAUGUGUCACUUGCAACAAGACUACUGGCACAAUGCAGUGAAGUUCAGCUGGGAAAGACCACCACUGCACAGGAUUUAGUCCAGCAUUUUAAAAAACUAUCAACUCAGGGUCAAGUGGAUGAAAAAUGGGGGCCUGAACUUGAUAUUGAAAAAACCAAAUUGCUAUAUACAGCAGGCCAGUCAACACAUGCGAUGGAAAUGUUGAGUUCUUGUGCCAUAUCUUUCUGCAAGUCUGCAAAAGCUGAAUAUGCAGUUGCUAAGUCCAUUCUGACACUGGCUAAAUGGAUCCAGGCAGAAUGGAAAGAGAUUUCAGGACAGCUGAAACAGGUUUACAGAGCUCAGCAACAGCAGAAUGUCUCGGGUCUGUCUACUUUGUCUAAAAACAUACUCACUUUAAUAGAAUUGCCAGCUGGUAAUACAGUGGAAGAAGAGUAUCCUCGGAUUGAGAGUGAAUCCACAGUACAUAUUGGAGUUGGAGAACCUGACUUCAUUUUGGGACAGUUAUAUCACCUGUCUUCAGUACAGGCACCUGAAGUAGCCAAAUCUUGGGCAGCACUGGCUAGUUGGGCUUACAGGUGGGGCAGAAAAGUGGUUGACAAUGCCAGUCAGGGAGAAGGUGUCCGUCUGCUGCCUAGAGAAAAAUCUGAAGUUCAAAAUCUGCUUCCAGAUACUAUAACUGAAGAAGAGAAAGAGAGAAUAUAUGGUAUUCUUGGACAAGCUGUAUGUCGGCCAGCGGGAAUUCAGGAUGAAGAUAUAACACUUCAGAUAACAGAGAGUGAAGAUAAUGAAGAAGAUGACAUGGUUGAUGUUAUCUGGCGUCAGUUAAUAUCAAGCUGCCCAUGGCUCUCGGAACUUGACGAAAGUGCCACUGAAGGAGUUAUUAAAGUGUGGAGGAAAGUUGUAGAUAGAAUCUUCAGCCUGUACAAACUCUCUUGCAGUGCAUAUUUUACUUUUCUUAAACUCAAUGCUGGGCAAAUUCCUUUAGAUGAGGAUGACCCUAGGCUACAUCUAAGUCAUAGAGUGGAACAGAGCACUGAUGACAUGAUUGUGAUGGCCACGCUGCGGCUGCUCAGGCUGCUGGUGAAACAUGCAGGCGAGCUUCGGCAGUAUCUGGAGCAUGGCUUGGAAACAACACCUACUGCUCCGUGGAGAGGUGAUGGCUAAAUUGUUUCUGAGUAGGAUAUAAGACAAUAAAAAAAUUAGUGGUUUCUUCUUAUUUAUGAUUGGGAUGUGUUAAAGAAUACUUGCAUUAGCUCAUGGGACACUCUGGGGUGCUUGUUGCACUGCUAAGACCUUCACUCUCACCUGUCCGAGAAAUGGAAGGCUCAGAGGCUUUUUAUAUACAAAAUGAUGUUUGGAGA